CGGUAGCCUCACAAAGUAGCACAAACUAGUGAGACAAGCAAGCUGAGACAACACUGUUGCUGUUUCGGUAGUAAGCAAAGUAAUGUAAACGUAGGCUACUAGCAGCUAAUGAUUUUAUUUGCAUAAGAAUUAUGAUUGUUCUUUGGCGCAAAGUAUAUUUGAACUAUUGUAAGCAACUGUUACCUCACUGCAUUUAAUUUUAUGCAAUAGCCUGCCUGCCUACCGAGCUUUAUGGUGUCCGUCCCGCUCCAGUAAUGUCUGAUGGCUAAAUAGCUAAGUAACUGCUUUUAAUAGUUUUUGACAGACAUCAAGGCAACUAUUACCCUGUUCAAGUCGUUUCUGGAUCAUAUCAGUGAUCCUAUCGUAUCAGACUUUCUGAGGAAAGCUUGCUGGCUAUGCCAAAGGAACUUCAAUCUCACAAGCCAAUGUAAACAGAAUCAGUUGUGUGGGGACAAGCAUGUGACUAAAUCCCAGGAGAGAUUACCACAACAUUUACCCAGUAUUAACCCAGUUAGCCAUGUACAAGCCAGUGUCUCCAUCAAUGGAUUACACAGCAGAUCACAAAUCUGCCUUUAAACAGCCAGAACGCAACGCAAUUAUAAGUGGCGAUAGGACAAGCCCUAUAAGUGUCAUUCUAGUUAGUUCUGGCAGCCGUGGAAACAAAUUGCUGUUUCGGUACCCUUUCCAGAGAGUGUCCGAAAACACAUCAUCAUCAGCGAAUAAACAGCGAAGUCCCUAUGCCCUAAAUACAGCAGGCGAUGCUGCAGAUGAUCAAGAUGGUGAUUCAAGAGAACAAACUCCUCUAACUGAUGAACAGUUGGUAGCAGGGUUCUCCGAUAUUAUUCUCGCCACUAUCUUGGCUACCAAGUCUGAUAUGUGUGGGAAGAAGUUCGAGCUGAAGAUCGACAACGUGCGCUUUGUGGGUCACCCGACCCUGCUGCAAUCUCCACACACCAUUCAGGUGUCUAAGACUGACCCAUCACCAAAGAGAGAGAUGCCCACCAUGAUACUGUUCAGUGUGGUGUUUGCAUUAAGGGCCAACGCCGACCCGUCGGUCAUCAGCUGCAUGCACAACCUGUCGCGCCGCAUCGCCAUUGCCCUUCAGCAUGAGGAGCGCCGCUGCCAGUACCUGACCCGCGAGGCCAAGCUCAUGCUGGCCGUGCAGGACGAGGUCACCACCAUGACUGAGACGGAUGGGACCCCACAGUCUCCCUUCAGGCAAAUCCUUCCAAAGUGCAAACUAGCCAGAGACCUAAAGGAGGCCUAUGACAGCCUCUGCACGACAGGUGUGGUCCGACUGCAUAUCAAUAACUGGCUGGAGGUGAGCUUCUGUCUGCCUCAUAAAAUCCACCGGGUCGGGGGCAACCAUAUCCCGCCUGAGGCCCUGGAGAGCAGCCUCAAGGCCAUCAGGCCGUACCAUGCACUGCUGCUACUGGACAAUGAGAAGACCCUCUUGGCCCAGCUGCCUCUGGACUGCUCUCCAGCGCUGGUGCGUCUCAUCAAAACCUGCUCCGCGGUCAAAAACCUCCAGCAGCUCGCUCAGGACGCGGACCUGGCCCUCCUGCAGAUCUUCCAGAUAGCUGCACAUCUGGUAUACUGGGGCAAGGCAAUCAUUGUGUAUCCUCUCUGUGAAAACAAUGUCUACAUGUUGUCCCCACAUGCCAACAUUCGCCUCUACUCCCCUCUGGCAGAGCAGUUUGCACAGCAGUUCCCUGGCCACGACCUGCCCUCCAUGCUGGCUAAGUUCUCUCUGCCCAUCUCCCUGUCUGAGUUCAGGAACCCUCUGGAUGCCCCUAUGCAUGAGGCUCAGCUGAUCCAGAUGGUGGUGUGGAUGCUGCAGCGUCGGCUGCUCAUCCAGCUGCACACCUACGCCUGCCUGCUGGUGCCCCCCACUGAGGACGAGGAGCACGGCCUGAAGGAGGAAGAGCCCCUCCUGGCUGCACGGCUCGGGGGACGCAGCCUCAGCACGCCCAACGCCCUCAGCUUCGGCUCCCCCACCAGCAGUGACGACAUGACCCUGACCAGCCCCAGCAUGGACAACUCCAGCUCCGAGCUGUUGCCUGGCAGCGACUCGCCCCUCAACAAGCGCAUGACCGAGACGCUGUUGGCCAGCCUGACUGAGCAGGAGCGCCAGGGCAUCCUCAGCGUGCCUGCCGCACAGAGCCCUGAGGACCUGCGCAUGUUCGCCAGGCUGCUUCACUACUUCCGAGGGCACCACCACCUUGAGGAGAUCAUGUACAACGAGAACAUGCGGCGCUCACAGCUAAAGACUCUCUUCGACAAGUUCCGCAGCGUGCUGGUGGUCACCAACCACGAGGAUCCUGUCAUCUCAAUCUUUCAGUCUCCCCCAGAAUGAAAGGACACACACACACACACACACAGUGGAAUGGAACACCCUGGCAUUUUUCAGAUCAGUUGUCCUCAAAUCAGACACACACACACACACACACAGAUGCAAGCACACUCAUUCCAUUCCACAAUAGACUUUUUGAAUUCUCUGAAUGCUGCUAACACUGUUGACUUACUCCGCCUUCUCCACCUUGCCUUCUGAAUCAGGUAAAAUAUAUUAUAUUAUAUUGUAUUAUAAUUUGCAACUGAAGGUCUUUAUUAUUAUAUGAAGCCCAGAAACUGGUGUCUUAGUUUACUAUACUGUAAAUAGUGUUGUGAACUCUGUAUUCCCCCAUUGCUAAACAUUCAUCUCAAACUUGUGUCUCGUCUUUAUUAAUAAAUUAUUGAAUGGCC